AAGACAAGGAGGAACGGUGACCAAAAACUCAACAGGAAGUCUUCUGAUUGUUCUGUCUCUACUUCAGAGAAAUCUAAGGCCAAGUCGUCCUUGAGUGAAUCCAAAAGUAAAGGCUCUGAUCACAUUGUGGCACAAACUUUUACAUUCUCUGAGUUAGCUACUGCCACUAGAAACUUCAGAAAAGAAUGUCUUAUUGGAGAAGGAGGAUUUGGUAGAGUUUACAAAGGAUAUUUAGCCAGCACUAGCCAGACAGCGGCUAUCAAGCAACUUGAUCAUAAUGGUUUACAAGGAAACAGGGAGUUCCUCGUCGAAGUUCUCAUGUUGAGUCUUCUUCAUCACCCGAAUCUUGUUAACUUAAUAGGAUAUUGUGCUGAUGGAGAUCAAAGGCUUCUAGUGUACGAGUACAUGCCUUUAGGUUCACUUGAAGAUCAUUUGCACGAUAUUUCACCUGGUAAGCAGCCACUUGACUGGAACACCAGAAUGAAAAUAGCUGCAGGUGCUGCAAAAGGAUUGGAGAAAGCAAUAGACAGUUCAAGAUCCACUGGAGAACAGAAUCUAGUCGCAUGGGCAAGGCCUUUGUUUAAAGACAGGAGGAAAUUCUCUCAAAUGGCUGAUCCAAUGCUUCAAAGUCAAUACCCUCCACGAGGGUUGUACCAAGCACUCGCUGUAGCAGCGAUGUGCGUGCAAGAGCAGCCAAAUCUUAGACCUCUCAUUGCUGACGUGGUCACUGCACUUUCUUACCUCGCCUCCCAAAAGUUCGAUCCUCUGGCUCAGCCAGUCCAAGGCUCCCUUUUCGCUCCCGGGACUCCACCUAGAUCAAAGAGGGUCUGAAGAUAAUCCUGAGAACCGCAAUGCUGUGUAAGUUAUUUAGCUUAAACCCAUAUAUACCGGGCUGUCUUUCUUGAGGAGGAAAGGUGGAUGAUUUUCAGACUAAGUGUGGAAAGUAUGGCUUAAGAGCUGCUUGUAAAUAUGUGUAAGAAGAGAUAGAUUCAUAUAGAGUCCGGUUUAUAAUGUUGUUAUAGGUAAUGUUGUUUGAUGUAAUGUUUAUUGAGCACUUGCUUUGAAAUGUGACAGUUUCUCAUUAUUGUAUUGAGGAUGUCUGUUUUGAUUCCAAAGUUAUUGUAUAACUAUUAAAAUACUAUAGUUUUC